GGGAAGAAGGAGGACUCGGGGAAGUGGUUUCCGGGUUUCCCUUCCUGGGCUUGGACCAGAAACGUCAAGCAAAAGGCUCCGGUUGAAUAACUUUAUCUCAGUUACACGCAGGACUGUCAGACGUCCAGUAAACCUCAACGAUGUCCCAGUCAGGAGAAAAAGCGAAGUUUCCAGAUGCAGCAGGUUAUGUUGGGUUUGCAAACCUCCCAAACCAAGUGCACCGGAAGUCGGUAAAAAAAGGCUUUGAAUUUACCUUAAUGGUUGUAGGGGAGUCUGGUUUGGGAAAAUCAACACUUAUAAACAGCCUGUUUCUCACUGAUCUCUACCCUGAACGCUACAUCCCUGGUGCUGCAGAGAAGAUUGAAAGAACAGUGCAGAUUGAGGCAUCCACUGUAGAAAUCGAAGAGAGGGGAGUAAAGCUUCGUCUCACAGUGGUCGACACCCCUGGAUAUGGUGACGCCAUCAACAGCCAAGACUGCUUCAAGACCAUCAUCCAGUACAUCGAUAAUCAGUUUGAGCGGUACCUCCAUGAUGAAAGUGGGCUGAACAGAAGGCACAUAGUGGACAACAGGGUGCACUGCUGCUUUUAUUUCAUUUCUCCAUUUGGACAUGGCCUGAAGCCCCUGGAUGUUGAGUUUAUGAAAGCCAUCCACAGCAAAGUCAACAUUGUCCCAGUCAUCGCAAAGGCCGACACACUGACACUGAAGGAGCGGGAUCGUCUCAAGAGACGAGUCCUGGAUGAGAUCGCUGAGCACGGGAUCAAGAUUUACCAGCUCCCUGAUGCUGACUCUGACGAAGAUGAGGAGUUCAAGGAGCAGACCAGAGUUCUCAAGGCGAGCAUUCCCUUUGCUGUAAUUGGCUCCAACCAGCUGAUUGAGGUAAAAGGGAAGAAGAUCCGAGGCCGUCUUUACCCGUGGGGGGUAGUGGAGGUGGAGAAUCCUGAGCACAAUGACUUCCUCAAGUUACGCACCAUGCUUGUGACUCACAUGCAAGACCUCCAGGAGGUAACUCAGGAUCUGCAUUAUGAAAACUUCCGAUCUGAGAGGUUGAAGAGGGCAGGAAGAGAUGUGGAUGAGGAUGUGGUGGAUAAAGACCAGAUUCUGCUACAGAAAGAGUUGGAGUUGAGACGCAUGCAGGAGAUGAUCGCUCACAUGCAAGCACAGAUGAAGAUGAAAUCAGAUGAGUGAACAGCUUUGAGUUGAAAGGAAUCGCAGGGAUCUCAACCUCCUUGUGCGCGCACACACAAACAUGUACAGUACACACACACACACACACACACACACACACACACACACACACACACACACACACACACACACACACACACACACACACACACACACACACACACACACACACACACACACACACACACACAUUCUCACACACACCUGAUCAUCCAAUUCCUCCUGCCAACCAGAAGCACAGAGAUCCUGGGCCGCGUCAUCUUCAACUGCACACCACCUUCCGCUUUGUUUUCCCUCCAUCCAUCAGCUGUCUGGAUGUUUUAUUUCACAUCAUCAUGUCAAGACUCCGCUCACAUUUCACACAGUUGUUGUGUGGAAGUGCAUCAAAAUAAGAGUGUGAUGAUCUUUGACAUUCAGUUAUUUAGCUGCUGAUCUUUGCCAACUGCAGAACUGCCAGUAACAAUGGUACUAAGGGGCUUAGGUGUCAUUCAAGUUUACAAAGUAAAUGUGUGAAUUAUGACUUAAGUUCAGUCUUAAGAAAAGAAAACUUUUCAUUUGCUAUGUUGUUGCAAUUGUUUUAGCCAAGUUUUUACAUAAGGGUUAAAGAAAAAUCAGUUUCCCUUUGAUGUUUUCUAAAACCUUAAACCUAAUCCAGCUGUGUACUGCCUUCACUCCUGGAUCAUCUCAGCUCUUCAGUGCCUUUUUUGUGUCAGUCUGACUAGAGGAAUGUGUAAACUGUCCAUGCACAACUUGAGGAAAGCUUUGUUCUGAAUUUUAUUUUAUUACCAACAGUUAAAUAUAAUGCCACUUUAUUGUGAACAAACAAUCAGCCUUUAGAUUGUCAUAUUUUUGUAUUUAUCUAGAGCUAGUUUUAAUGUGGGUGCCAAACUAAAGACUAAAACCUAAACAAACUUCAGUUUCUUGCGUAUUUCAUAUAAGCAUUAAAUCAUGUUUUUACACUACAUGGACAACUUUUAACAUUCUGUAUUUGUACUGUACAAUUUAAGAACCACAUGCUAUUUAAGUGUAGUAGAUGUAACAUCCCUCCAGCUUUCUGUGAGCAGCAAACAUCCACACUCACUCCAGCAUUGUCGUUAAAAUGUGCUGUCACUGAUGUGCCUUUGAAAUUAUGUUCAUCUCGUCUUUUGCUUGACUUAACACGUUUAUUUCCUACCCUUGUGUCAGUUAAGUUGUUUUUGAAAUAAACUUUAAUACAACAGUC